UGUUAAUUAGAUCAUGUCAGUGGACCUGCAGUAGUUAUUAUUUUGAUACCUGCAUUUUUGUUCAUCAUCUGAAUAUUGCCAUUAUCUUGGACAAACUGCGGACAACUUCAUCUCUGUGGUUUUGCUAAAUUUCAUCAUCACACGUCAAAAGACUCAUACACUUGGUGUAUACAUUCAAAUUAUUUUGCAUAAUUCAUUCUUUUAGUAAAUUAGAAAUCAUGAAACAGGAAGAGAAAAUUUUGGUUGGAGGAUGGGGCUAGAUAAGAGGGAAAGAUAAAUUAUUUAAAAAUUGCAGUAAGAAGGAGAUACAAAAAUGUAUCCUCUCUCAACUAUAAAAACAGGGAAACAUGAAAGCUUUCCUGUCAGUAUUGAUCUCUUUGUACUGUAAAAAUUCUUCUGUAUCUGCCCGCCCAUGUUCACCACAUUAUACAAAGAGCUCAAGACCAUGUCUGACUAUUUUUUCAGCAACCCUGACCCCAGGAAUUUAAAAGAAAAAAAUCUAUUAUUGUUGGCAGCAUGCCGUAGUAUUUUGCCAACAACUUGAGAUAGCAGGAUAAUGAAGAAAAAGUCUCCAAUUCCUUGCUUUUCUUUCAUGUAAUGCACCAACUAGAAAUCAUGCAUGCCUGCUCUUCCUUUUAUUGUUGAAAGAAAUAAUGGAACCUAGUAACGAUGAGGAACCUUGGGGGAAGCCCUUAGUCUCCACAUGCCCUUACAAGGAAAUCCUAACAUCCCCUUGUCACUAAAGGUAUCACAGAAUAAGAGGACUGGAAAUGUCCCUGGUGAUGAGUUCCAUACCCAUCUGUCGUCUGCUGCCAAGUCAAAGUAUGAUCUUAAAGCAUGGGAUAAAAUGCCGACAUUGUAAAUCACCAUUAUGUUGAGAUGUUCAAGACUGCGUUGUGUAGUGGAAUCUGGCCACGAUGUGAAUCCCGGGCAUUAUGGAGAGGUAACAUAGCUCAGUUGCCUUUUGUAGUGAGUGAGGCCUAUUGGAAGAAUAGGUUACAUCUAACAUGUGAAAUCAGGACAAAAAUGGUCAACAGUGAAGAGGAAACUGUCAACAGUUGAUGAACUGGCAUGAGAUUACAGGAUUUCAACAAAAUGGUGGACAGCUUGAUGUGACGGUCAACAGUUUUUGCAAAGUGUUGAUGAGGUGGCGGAACUAAUGCCACCUUGGUAUUUGGGUUGAAAGAGAGAAACAUGGCCAUUCUUAGGCGAAGUGAUUUUGGUUGAAGGCUUCUCUUGUAUGUGUAUCACAAACCCAUAUCCAGAAAAGAGAAAAAGAAAAACAAACACGAAGGAAACUUGUGAGAGAAAGUGAAGAGAAGGAGAGAGAGAUGGAGCUGUGAGCAAGCUCAAAGAGGUUUCAUCCACUGUAUAUGGUAUCAAUUUCCUUCUUCAGUUAGAAAGCUUGUGAGUAUGGAAUUCAGGGUAGAAGUUUAACCCAUUUGUUUGUGUUAAAAGGGGAAUUACAUGAAGAUUCUGAUUGAAAAGAGAUGGUUACUCAUUGCCUUUGAGGACUUCCUUACUUGCAAGAGGUGAGAGUUUUAUACCUGGGUUGGACCUUCUUGCUGGAACUUGAGAGUAUAUGUAUUAACCCCAUUAGUGUCCAAACCCUAGUGGAUUUUUGAGAGUAUAUGGCUUUUAAAGAAAAAAUUUGGCCACUAAUGGGGUAGAUGUUAGACUCCUUUGUGAAUUCUCGUAGAAGGGUUGCUGGAGUGCAUCCUGGUUGGAGAGGGCAUGACAGACAUGAUUCAAUAGAUUCUGUUAACAAUGAGGGGACCAAACAACAUUGGGAAAAAGGGACAAAACUCUUCUAAAGCAUUCUCCUUUUCCCUACCCUGAAGUACUUGGCCUAAUUACUUACAACCCCAUUGUGAAAUUAGCAAACCUGAACCCAUUUGUUUCUAGGCGAACAUAGUCAAGUUAAUCUAUUCAUGUUUGAGCUUGAGCCCCAUUUGUUGAUCUUUAAACAUCUAAAAAUCUUUUGUUAGAGGUAAUUGCCGAUUUACAUUCUUGGAUGGAAAUAUCACUUAAAUUGAUUGACUUCUAAUUCUUAUAGGUCCUAAACUUUGGUAAACACCUUCAAACAACAUGCUUGGAGAAAUAGGAAGAUUGAGAACAAAUACUUCUCUGGAGGUUGUAUGUAGCUCUAUAAUGCAAUACAUGAACUGCAGAUGGAUUUUGAGGCCAUAAUUUUAUAUCCUUGUGUAGCUCUACUAUCAAAAACAUGACUGCAGACAGACUUAGUAACCAUAGUGUUAGGACCCCUGUUAUUCAUACCUAUCAGAGGCGUAAAAAGAGGGGAGAAAUCAAGGGUAGCCAAGGAAAUUGACUAAGGGAUAGAAGAGUCCAAAGUUGGUUAGGGGUAGAAUAUUCCUUCACGUGGCUGUAACAUAUUGAUGAGAAGGUAUAUAAGGUGAGGGAAAAUGAGAGAGAAGGUGUGGAAAAUAUGGGCAAUUGUCGUGGGGAGAGAGAAGGCCCUCUCGAAUAGGCCGAUUGGUUGUUUUAGCUUUUUCUCAUCCUAGCAAUUGCUGGGAUCCUUGUAAACACUGAUUCGUUCUACUAUUUUAGUGUGGAAUUUAAUCCAAAAUAGUGAGUUCUAUCAUUCUGGUAUCAGAGCUUUGGUCCAUGGGUAUCUUCGUUUCUGAGAGAGUGGGGGAGUUGGAGGGAAAAUUGGAAACUUAUCAACAACAAAUGGAAGGGCGAAUGGAGGGAUUGCAAGUCGGGUUGGAUUCUAUGCGGAAUGAAUUCCAAAAGGUGCAUGACAUAGAAAAGAACACGACGAUGAUGUUGGACCAAUUCAACUUACUAAUAGAGAGGUGGGAGGUGCAGGAGAAGAUAUGAAAGGGAAACGAGGUGAGGAGAACAUACCCUUGGGUUCUUCUUUUACAGUGGAUGAGACACCGAGGUGGGAGAAAGAGGGAGAGACGAAGGCGGAAUGAUGGAGGGCUUCGGAAGACUGGAGACGAGAGGUCGACGCUUGGAGAUGCCACUGUUUGAGGGAGUCAACCCUGAUGGGUGGGUCUUUAGGGCGGAACGCUACUUCGCCGUGAACCAACUAUCGGAUGCGGAGAAGCUGGACUCGGCAACGCUCUGUUUUGAAGGAGUUGCUCUUGCCUGGUUUCAGUGGGAGCAAAGGCGUCAGCGUGUGAGGAGUUGGGAGGAGCUCAAAGCGAUGCUGGUCAAUCGAUUCCGAUCGACUCAAGAAGGCAUCGCAGAGGAGAGGUUCCUCGCGCUUAGGCAGAUGAGGUCCGUCAAGGACUACCGCCUUUGUUUUGAGACCUUAGCUUCAUCACUUGAAAGGCUACCAGAAGCAUUUCUGGAAGGUCACUUCCUAAAUGGCCUGAAGCUGGACAUCCGAGCGGAGAUGAGGGUACUGCGGCCAACGGGACUGGAGCGGAUGAUGGAGCUGGCCCAAAGGAUUGAAGAGAGGAAUCAGGUGGUUCGCGAAGGUUAUCUUGGAUCGGGCCCAACUCGGGUAUUGGCCCUUUCCAUCCCAGUAACAAACACCCAGCCGGUGAUUCGGCCCCCUCCACAAGCACCACCGAAGUUGGCGACACCCAGCACCGCCUUCUCGCAUCGGCCACCAGCCGUCGGUAAGUGGAGCAACCCUCCUUUUAAACAACUGAGUGAGAGCGAGUUGCAAGCCAAACGGGUGAAGGGUCUCUGCUUUCGCUGUGAUGAGAAGUACUCGGUGGGGCACAAGUGCAAGAACAAAGAUCUGCAAGUGAUGGUAAUCUAUGAGGAAGAAAGGGAAGAGGGAGAAGAAGAAACAACAAAGGCUGAAACUGGAGAGAAUUCAAGGGAACCAGAAGACACAGUCAAAAUAGGGGAAGUGGUGGAGCUAUCCUUGAAUUCUGUGGUGGGGUUAACACCUCCACAGACCAUGAAGAUCAAGGGAGAGAUUGAUGGUCAAGAAGUAGUGGUCUUAAUCGAUAAUGGGGCUUUUCACAACUUCAUAGCUGCUGAACUAGUGCAGAAGUUGGGGUUGUUUUGCACUCAAAUGAGAGGUUAUGGAGUGAUCAUGGGGUCAGGCAUGGCUAUUCAAGGGGCUAGGGUGUGUAAGGGGGUUACUCUGCGGUUGCAAAAUGUUGAGGUAGUUGAGGAUUUCCUACCAUUAGAGCUAGGAAGCUCCGAUGUCAUUCUUGGAAUGAAGUGGCUAGCCACACUUGGGGAGACCCAAGUUGAUUGGGGUUCAUUGGUCAUGAAGUUCAGAUCGAGGGGUAUGACAAUAACACUACUGGGGGACCCCAGCCUCAGCAAAACAUUGGUAACUUUGAAGUCAAUGAUGAAGGCUUUUCGUGAAAAAGGAGGAGUGUUGUUGGAAUUGGGAAGUUUGACAGCUGAAGAAAAGAAGGGGGAAGAGAUGGUUCUUGGGGAAUUACAGGACCCGCUGACAGAUUUUAAGGAGGUGUUUAAGGAGCAUUGUGGGUUGCCCCCGCACCGGGGGAGGGAUCACAUGAUUAUGUUACAAUCCGGAGUCCCUCCGGUAAGCGUGCGAUCUUACCGUUACCCCCAUCUCCAGAAAAAUGAGAUUGAGAAGCUGGUUCGAGAGAUGUUGGUAGCAGAUCUUAUCAGGCCGAGUAUCAGUCCAUUUUCCAGUCUUGUGUUGUUGGUCAAGAAGAAGGAUGGUGGCUGGAGAUUUUGUGUGGAUUAUAGGGCUUUAAACAAGGUAACAAUUCCCGAUAAAUUCCCCAUUCCUGUCAUUGAAGAAUUAUUGGACGAACUGUAUGGGGCUGCUGUUUAUUUUAAGCUGGACUUGAAAUCGGGGUAUCAUCAAAUACGUAUCGCACCGGAUGACAUUCCGAAGACUGCUUUUCGCACUCAUGAGGGUCAUUAUGAAUUCUUAGUCAUGCCGUUUGGCUUAACAAACGCACCCGCUACUUUUCAAUCCUUGAUGAAUGAGAUUUUUAAGGAGCACUUGAGACAAUUCAUUAUUGUGUUCUUUGAUGACAUUUUGGUCUACAGUAAGAGUAUGAGUGAACACAAGGAACAUCUAAGGUGUGUGUUAAGGGUCCUAACAACUCACCAACUGUACGCUAAUGCUAAGAGGUGUACGUUCGAACAGCGGGAUAUUGGGUAUUUAGGGCACAUCAUCUCCCAAGAAGGAGUGGCUGCCGAUAAUGCUAAAGUGCAAGUGAUGCUGGAUUGGCCCAACCCCAAGUCGCUGCGAGAACUCCGAGGAUUUUUAGGCGUUACGGGGUAUUAUUGA